AUGGCGAGCACUGGUCCCACCGUGCCGCCGCUUAUCAUGCGCAUUCUGGCCGCCUCUGUCGCUGUCUCCCACCGGGCCGGCAAUAUUAUCAGGGAUAUAUUAAAGGCUGGAGACCUGGGUAUUGUGGAUAAGGGCAAGAAUGAUCUGCAGACUGAGGCUGACAGGGCUGUCCAGAGAUGUAUUGUGGCCACGCUUCACCGACACUUUCCCAGAGUUGCCAUUUUUGGAGAGGAGAGUCUGGACCCUGGUGACAGAAUUCCAGACGACUACAUCGUGAAGGAGCUGAGCCAGGAUGUCCUGUCCCACGUCUGUCCGGACAUCUACAAGAAUGUCUCCGACGACCAGGUGGUCAUAUGGGUGGACCCACUUGAUGGAACAGCUGAAUUCACACAGGGUCUCUUAGAUCAUGUGACGGUGUUGAUUGGUGUGGCUGUCAAUGGUGAGGCUAGAGGCGGGGUUGUCUAUCAGCCAUACUACAACUACCAAUCAGGUUCUGAUGCAGGCCUGGGGCGAUGUAUCUGGGGCCUUAUUGGCUUAGGCUCAUUUGGCUUUACACUGAAGUCCCCGCCUGCAAAUAAGAACAUUAUCACAACCACCCGGUCUCAUGCCGAUCGGAUUGUCACAGAAGCUGUGAAUGCAUGUGAACCCACGGAGAUCGUAAAAGUUGGGGGAGCUGGUCACAAGGUGCUGCUGCUGAUUGAAGGAAAGGCUCAUGCCUAUGUGUUUGCCAGUAAAGGCUGUAAGAAAUGGGACACCUGUGCUCCAGAAGCAGUCCUUCAUGCAGUUGGAGGUCGCUUGACUGACCUGUUGGGGAAUCCCAUUCUCUACCACCAGCAGGUGCAGCACAGGAAUGCUGGAGGUGUCCUGGCCACACUGCACAAUCAUCAGUGGUUCCUGGACAGGAUUCCAGCAAACAUCAAGUCCACUUUUGUUUCUGACACUGCCUCGGAAGAAAUGGUUCGCCUGCAACAACAAGCUAAAGCUUCAGCAAGUUCUGUACCAUCUGGUGACACACUGUUCAAAGAAGGUUCUUCGGUUGAUCCCCCAGAGUUUCACAAGACUUUGUAA